CAAAAAGUCACACUAUUCAUGGAUUUUCAUUUUCCACCCUGUCCGUCCUCGUGAAAAAAGAUUAUUAGAGAAGCCACUAGAGAUGAACUUUGUUGGGUUGUGUUGCACUGCACCGAGUAGAUAAGAAAGGCGAUAAAAUUAAAAAAUAAAAAAUAUCGGAAAAGAACCAAAAGUUGUGGCUGCAAAUUGCUCUUGGUUUUUCAUACAGCCCCACUACCUUAACCAAUCGCAUUCACUCCCCUGUUUUUCUCCACUCUCAACUUAAAGGGUUUUGUUUAAGCUGCACUAGCCCGUUAAGACAAUCGUAUUAACUUCAGGCGAAUCAAGAUUUACUCAUCAAGGAAUUAAAUUCGCUAAAAAUCACUCACACAAAUAAAAGAAGAAGAAAGCUACUGGUCGGUUAUCUCUUUAUUGUCAUGAAUUGCAGCUAACGUGCAAUUUUCAGGAUCGGCGAGCACAGAAAAUCUCAAAAAGACUAAAUUUUGACGUCUAGAUAGCAGAAUUUUGUGAUUGGUUCUGUGGGUGUGCGCGAUUACUCUCUUGAUUGGUCUUUUCUUUUAAAAAAAAAAAAUUAAAAUCUUUUAGAGAUUGAUGGGGACUUCUGGAGGUGGGUGCAGUAUAGUAUGGUUUAGGAGAGAUCUUAGGGUGGAGGACAAUCCAGCUUUAGCUGCAGGUGUUAGGGCAGGUGCAGUUGUGCCAGUAUUUAUAUGGGCACCUGAAGAGGAAGGACACUAUUAUCCUGGUAGGGUUUCCAGAUGGUGGCUUAAGCAUAGCUUAUCACAUCUUGAUACCUCUUUGAGGAGCCUUGGUACAUCACUUGUCACAAAGAGAUCCUCUGAUAGUGUAUCCUCACUUCUUGAGGUCAUCAAGUUGACUGGAGCUAAGCAGCUGUUCUUCAAUCAUUUAUAUGAUCCUAUAUCACUGGUGAGGGAUCACCGUGCAAAGGAAGUCUUAACAGCUGAAGGUAUAGCCGUUCGUUCUUUCAAUGCUGACCUGCUUUACGAGCCUUGGGAAGUUCUUGAUCCGGAUAGCCAGCCCUUCUCGACUUUUGCUGGAUUCUGGGAGAGAUGCCUUAGCAUGCCAUACGAUCCUGAAGCUCCACUCCUCCCACCUAAAAGAAUUAUUUCUGGCGACAUCUCGAGAUGCAAUCCAGACGCCCUAUCCUUCGAGGACGAAUCCGAGAAAGGCAGCAAUGCUCUCCUUGCUCGGGCCUGGUCUCCGGGCUGGAGCAACGCUGACCGGGCCCUAACCGCCUUCAUAAACGGGCCUCUCCUCGAAUACUCCAAAAACCGGCGCAAAGCCGACAGCGCCACAACCUCCUUCCUCUCCCCACACCUUCAUUUCGGCGAGGUGAGUGUCCGGAAGGUCUUCCACCUCGUACGCAUCAAACAAGUCCUGUGGGCAAACGAGGGAAAUCGAGCAGGCGAAGACAGCGUGAACUUGUUCCUCAAAAGCAUUGGGCUGAGGGAGUAUUCGAGGUAUAUAAGCUUCAAUCACCCGCACAGCCACGAGCAGCCGUUGCUUGGGCAUUUGAGGUUUUUCCCGUGGGUUAUUGAUGAAGGGUAUUUUAAGGCGUGGAGGCAGGGGAGGACUGGUUACCCGUUGGUGGAUGCGGGGAUGAGGGAGCUGUGGGCUACGGGGUGGCUGCACGAUAGGAUAAGGGUUGUUGUGUCGAGUUUUUUUGUGAAAGUUCUGCAGUUGCCUUGGAGGUGGGGGAUGAAGUAUUUUUGGGACACGCUGCUUGAUGCGGACCUCGAGAGUGAUGCGCUUGGCUGGCAGUAUAUAUCGGGGACGCUUCCAGAUGGGCGUGAGUUUGACCGUAUUGAUAAUCCACAGUUGGAAGGCUACAAAUUCGACCCAAACGGAGAAUACGUCCGUAGAUGGCUCCCCGAGCUAGCACGCCUCCCGACAGAAUGGAUUCACCACCCAUGGGACGCCCCUUCUUCUGUCCUCCAAGCUGCAGGCAUCGAGCUCGGCUCCAACUACCCUCUCCCGAUUAUCGGUAUCGACCACGCCAAAACCCGACUCCAAGAAGCUCUCUCCCGUAUGUACACUGCCAACGAGGGCCUCGGCGAAUCUUCCGAUUCUGCCCCUGACGACUCGCGCAUGGAAACCGAUGACGGGCCCGCCCGCCACCUGCCAGCACGCCGCUAUGAAGACCAGAUGGUCCCGAGCAUGACAUCAUCGUCCCUUGUCGAUGUGACUUCGAUUGUUGUUGGGGAUGAGGGCCGGGCCGAGGUUCCGUCGAACGUGAAUGUAGGAACGGAGGAGGAAGUUGGGCCGGGCCCACAUGUGGAGGUGGAUAGGGAUGGUGAUGAUGGUGAUAGGUUUUAUGGGCUACGGAGGGCCCGGAGAAGGAACUCUGAGGACUCGACGGCUGAGUCGUCGAGCGGGAGCAGGCGGGAGAGGGACGGAGGAGUGGUGCCCGUGUGGUCACCGCCAGGUGGAGGGGAGGAGGGUGGGAUAGGGGCAGGAUCGUCUUUUCUGCAGGUCAAUUGGAGGCAGCUCCCGCAAACUGGAUGAUAACUACUUUGGAAAAAACAGCACGUGCAAAUUGGGUACAGAGAUAUGAGAUUCUUUGGCCAUAGCUGUUCUUGUGGUGGAAAACUAUGCUUGUUCGCACUUUGAUCCAACUCGAUCGACAGUCAAUUCGUGUGUGCAGAUUUUCUAAUUGGAUCGGGUGGUUCGUAUGUGUCUUAUAGCUUGUUUUUUGUUGUUGUGAGGUCUUUGUAGUUGUUGUAUAGUAUUAAAUCCUUUUCGGACAAAUAUUGACACAAGAAAAGUGCAGCCUUCCAAUAAAUGCAGGUUUGUGCCUUGUAUGUUGUUGUAUUUUGGGUUAGAGAGAUGUAACAAUGUAAUAAUAAUGUUGUUCUACUGAUGUCCUUACUGAAUUAAAAACUUGUGUUUCCUUGACUAGUGUGGAUUUAUCAUAUUGGUCCCCGUAAGUCUUGCCAGAGAGUGGUAAGUUGAUUUGAGAUGGAUCUUUAUAUAUUUGAUUGUUUAUUAUUUUUUUACCCAGUUACUAAAAAUGUCUUA